GCGUGGGCAAUGAUUGAAGGAUUACGGUUACCGUCCAAAUGGACUGCAAGGUGUCGCGUCGAUUGCAGAGGAUCCCAACCUGUCCAUUCUUUGCCCAUCACAAACUGCCCCUUUUCCUUCGCUUCAUAAUUAGGUUUUUCAUCCUCUUCCCCAAAUCGAGUGCGAUUUCCUUCGCUAGCCUCCUCCGCGUCGAUCAAAAAGCAAUUUUCUGAAGGAAUUUGCGUUGUGUUUCGUAUUCGAGCUAAAUUCUCUUUGUUAUCGAUCGGGAGGCAAAAAAUUUCUGAAGGAAUUCGUUUUUUUGUUUCGGAUCGAAGCUUCCGCUGUUCGCUCGCGGUAAAUCUAAGUUUUCCAGGGCGGAUUAGGGUUCCGCAGGAGGUAUGAGGGUGCAUCCGGCUCCUUGCAACAUCAUCUCCGCCGCCGCCGUGCUCGGCCGGCAGAAGAAGCUCUGCCGCCUGCCGCACGUCUUCAGCAAGGUCCUGGAGCUGCCCUUUUCCGCGGAGGCGGACGUGGCGGUGGAGGAGGACGCGGACGGUUUCCGGUUCGCCGCGGCCACAGACGAGUUCUGGGGCGCAGUCCGAGCCCACGCUAUCGAGAUACACCCCGGGGUGAUGAAGGUGGUCGUGCGGGACGGAGGAGGAGGAGGAGGCGGCGGCGGUGGCGGGUACGAACUCGGCGAGGGGAUCGACAUGAACCGGUGGAGAUUCCGCCUGCCGCCAUGCACCCGGCCGGCGCUGGCCACCGCUGCUUACGCCGACGGGGAGCUUGUGGUGAUCGUGCCAAAGAGGGCCGAGUUCGAGUAAAAAACUGAUUUCAUUCGUCUCGCAAUUGUACAGCUUCAAGUUUAUCGAUCCUGUAAAAGAUUAAUUGAUAAUUAGAGUAAUUCAAUAAUAACAUUAUUAAUAUUAUUAUAAUCAAAUUGG